AUGGCCCUCUGCAAGCGACCUGCCGCCGACCUCGACGGCGUCCAAGGAGGAUCAGCUACCAGCUGCUGCAAGAGGCGACGCCUCCGCAUUGGCAGCACCGCCGACUACGACAAGAUGUGCUGCCUCGGCGAGGGCAGCUUCGGCUUCGUCUUCAAGGCGCGCCACCGCGCCACGGGCAAGAUCCUCGCCAUCAAGGUACUCCGCUCUCGCGACGUGAUCAACGGGGAGCCUGCCGUCGCCGCCGCCAACGAGCUUCUGCACGAGGCCCGCUUCCUGGAGGCAGCCAGCGCCGGAAACCGGUACGUCGUCGCUUCUCACGGCCUCGUGCGCGACCUUCCGACCAAGAACCUCUGCCUCGCUAUGGAGUACGUCGGGCCAAGCCUCCACGCGUUCCUGCACCAGAGCCCGCGGCUCCCGGAGUCCACGGUCCGGUCCUUCAUGUGGCAGCUCCUGAGCGGCGCCGAGAAGAUGCACGAGCGCGGCAUCGUCCACCGCGACAUCAAGCCGGCAAACAUCCUCGUCGGGGAAGACGGAAAGAUAGUCAAGAUGUGCGAUCUUGGGCUCGCCAUGUCCCUCACGACCCAGCCGCUGUACACCGAGGCCGGCACGCUUCCCUACAUGGCGCCCGAGAUGCUGCUGGGGAAGCCGGACUACGACGCACGCGUGGACACGUGGUCGCUGGGGUGCGUCAUGGCGGAACUCAUCACCGGCGAAACUCUGUUCAAGGAAGGCCGGGACGAGACCGGGCAGCUGCUGGACAUCUUCCGCGUGCUGGGGUCGCUGGACGAGAAGACGUGGCCGGAGUUCGCAUCGCUGCCGCGGGCCGCCAUGGCGCAACUUCUGCUCCAACUCGAAGAACGGGAAGGGCGGCAGCACAAGAAGAACCUGGACGAUUUCUUCUCCGAAGAGAUGCUGUCCGAUGAAGGUUUCCAGGUCUUGGAAGGGCUUCUCACAUGCAACCCCGACAAGAGGCUCACGGCAGCCGCGGCGCUCAAGCUCCCAUGGUUCGCUAACUAAAUUGAUGCAACAUCUCCUGUUACUAGCAUAGUCAAAACAUGAGCAGCCUGCUUAAGCCAGAUAGAUGAUCAAUUGGCCAUGGCUGUACUUGGCCAGUGUACACGCCACCAUUCUAGCCUGAAAACGCACGGAGGUUCUGCUACAA